AAGCUAUGAAGUCUAAAGAAGAACUAGAAGACGUUUUCGAAACAACUAUAGGACAAAGUUUUGAACAAUCACAAACAAUCCUAUCUCCUAGAAAAGAUUUCGCUUUUCAAGAUCCUGACUAUUCAAUGAACACUCUCAAGCUCAGACUACAGUCUACUAUACAAAGUGCUACGGAACUAGCCGAUACUUUGAAAAGACAAAUAAAGGAAAUUGAAGCUAAAGAAAGUUUACUAAAAGAAGCUAUCGUCCAAGGAAAAUCUGGUGUAACAACCCUUACCAUCACGAGUCUAGACAAAAUGCCACGAUCCUAUAUAAUUCGGAAUGGAUUUUGGACAAUCUGCAGUGGCAUGAUUCAAAGCCCCAUUUCAGCCCCGUCACCUAACAUUUUUAAUGAGAUUUUCUCAACACCACGCUGUAUUGGACAAGAAAUACGAUCCAUAAAAGACCCAUGCGCCUUCAAUUCUAUCAUUAAAUAUGAAACAAUACCCACUGUGCGACGAUCGUAUUAUGACGAAGACGACUAUCUGUGCUUAAAGACAAACUUUAAUAGCACUUUGGAACAUUAUGCUUCAGUACCGAAACAAAUGGUCAAUGAAACAUGCAAAAACGGAUUGGUCAAAAGUUUGGCCGAUAAUAUAUCAAAUUGUGGCGUACGAAUCCUACUUGAAUACACAUACUAUCCAAGUGGAAACUUUUUGGCGGCAGAUUUACCACUGGAUUAUUGCACUGAAGCUGACGGAUCAUGUAAACUGCUUGUCGCAUGGCACCUAUCGAACACUACGAUAGAGAACUUCGACAUUUUGAACAAUGAUAAGCUGUUUAAGAAAACUUUUAUGAAAACUGGCUCAUUUGCUGAAUCUAUCAUUUAAUAAAUA